CGAAAGAGUUAAUAAUUCAGCGAAUAAGGGACAUUUUUCGCUAGUGAGAUUUCUUUAACAGCCCUCUCCUCUUUGCUGCUCGAGACCUAAAGAGGAAGGUAUUGUAUAUCACUAUAAACGCCUUUAUUUUUUGUAUGUAUUAAUUUGACGAACGAGGUAUAGCAUCUUAUGAAGCCGUGGGGUCUGAUAUAAUGAGACAAAGAAGCAAACGGUUUAGUGAUCCGUCACAUAAAUACUCGUAUAAAUGAAAAUAUCACGUUGAAAACCUCGUUUAGCAGACUUCACAACAUGGAAAAACCUUGUUCAAUCUUUUUCUCCCUACAAGGAGAGUGCAGAUGAAUGAACUGAAAUCUUCACGUAAAGUGUUCCUAGGUUGUAACUUUUAUCUUAAGUCUAGUAAGUGAGAACAUAACUAGCUAUGACCUGUUGCAUAUUGCGACGUUAUUUUUAAUAUUACUAUGCCUCUGUAUCUUCAACUAUUUCAAUCUUAGAAAAUUUUUCUUGAAGUCUGUAGUAAAAACAAAGGAAUAUUUUUUUCAUUUAAACCUGCGUAAAUAAUGGUUAACUGAAUGUUGUCGUUGUGAAUUCUUUUUAUUCUCAAUACCUGCUUACAUGAAACAAUAGCUACAUAGUGAAGAGAAAAUACAGGUGAUCACCUUGGAGAUAUUAGGGUAUACAGCAUUUUUCCAUUACGUUUGAUUUUAAUACUUUCUUAUGACAAUUUUUCCUUAUUUACCCCAGGGUAAGAAAUAUGCAAUUUAAAUACACGAGCUGCGCGCUUUUAGUCGUGCUCCUCUGCAUUUCAUUCACAAGCCAUCUUGUACGAGCAAGAAGUUUAAAAGGUGGGUGUUUAUUAUUAAGGCUAUUUUCACACUAUACGGUAUAGUAUGAAGACCUAUCCGAUAUGUGACGCUCCACUUUCGAGUUCCGGGCGGCGGAGUCUCGCUUCGUUACCGAAAUCGCCCCGAAAUCAGCAUUCUUAUGUGUCCAGCAUUCUUAUGUGUCCGGCAUUCUCAUGCUUGUCCGGUAUGGUUUUCAUUCCAGAGCAGAAGCUUUCUGGUAUAGAGUGAACAUUUCCUAAGGGUUGCGCAAUAAGUUCGGUCUAAGAAUUUGAACUUUUAACAAAGCCGUGAUUAACCUUUUAUCAUGGCAAAACGCUAUAAUCUUCGUAGAAAUUUUACUUACCUAUAGAAGCACAUAACCUUGUACCACCCGUGUAUCAUCUAAUCGCAAUAGCUUUAAAAGUGUUACGCGGGUCAUAUUUUUGCCGUGUGACCUGAAUUAUGUCUAAAACACUUCAAACUUUUCAGCAAACUAUAAAAAUAUGGUGGUGCUGAAUAUCUAACUCCAAAAAACUUUGAAAUUUUUCUAACAUAAUUUUUUUUUCCUUGGGUAGAUUUAGCAAGUAUUUCGAAAGGUAAGAUUAUUUUGUUUUCUGCUUUUCAAAUACAAAUAAUGGCAAGAAAGUGAAAAAUAAUAUUCAUCAAACCAAUGGGAGUGACAAAAUAAAAACUAACGACAGUAAUCGCUGGAGAUAAGAUAAUAGACGAAGUUUUAUACGUUGUCCUUACCCAAGGUCCAACCCUCCUACCCUGUUAUAAACCCUAAUUAGUUUUUCGCUGAAAGGUACUCCGUACACCUUCCAAUUGAAAAUGGUACCCCGUUCCUACUUUGUAUGAAUAUACCGAGUCAUUUUCAACUUAUAUACAGCCAUGAGAGGCGUCUUUUCGAAAUAUUUUAAUUAAAAGAAUGAGGGGUUAAAGCGUUCAUCACUUCUCCAUCAUCCCAAAUUAGGAGCUUAUCACGUGAAUACUAUAAAGAGGUAUAAAAGAGUAGGCUUUUGCAGAUUAACAGAAGCCCAUUACCCGGAGGGAGUACCUCCCUUGUGUCCAGGCAAUGGCGUUUUUACUGACCAGUUUAUUCUGAGAUCGAUUUUCCCGCAAAUUUUGAAUAUCAAAAUAGUCUUACAAAUCAGUCAUAAAAAAACUGGAGAUUAGAUAAAAGCACUUCUGAUGUUUUGAUAGCAUUUACUUCCUCUUUUUGAAAUUACCGUAGUAUGGAUGCGCACGCAUACGGAACGGUGCUUCCAUUUUCGCAGGAAAAAGUGCUCAAAAAUAAUUAUAAAAAAUAACCUAAUCUGUGAAAACGCUGUUGCUUGGGCGAAGUAUCCGUCACGUCAAAAACGAGACGGAAAAUGGGCCGUAUAACUCUCGCAAAGCCUUCUGGGACUGUUACUGGAGACAGGAAAAUUAAAUAGUGCGUGAUUGAUAUAUUAAAAUUCUGAUAUGACUCCGAGGCUUUCUGGUCAUUUUUCUGCAUUUGGUUUGGUUUUCUUUGUGUCCAAGUCUCUUUGGAAAAUUGCGAGACAAUAGAGUCGUGAAUUAGCAAUUUUGAACCUUAAGCCUCCGUUUACUGUUAAAAAAUAUCGAAGGUGGGCAAUUAGCCAAUAGCUGACCGGCGCGUCCCAGAAGUAACGAUCCCAGAUGUCUUUGCGAAAGACAACUUGGCCUAGUUUCCUUCUCGGCUUUUUUAAAGUACCAAUGGGAGCUGCACGAUUCGGGGGUAUGGGCUCCUACCCAAGUACACCUGUAUUUUCUUUUCUUUAGAAGAAGAUAAUGACCUAGAAUCAAAAGAUGAGAUCGACAGCGACAGCACUGACUUAACAGACGAUGAUUCAGAUGAAGCUACAGAUACAGCCGUUGAUACAGAUGAUGCAGACACCGAGGAUUCUGGUAAGAAAAUAUUCAGAAUGCACCGUGUGAUUCUUUUACUUCCCUUUUACUUCCCUUUCGCCCCAUAUAGGGAAUUACAAGACAGUCUACUUCUUGGAUUCCGGAUUCCAAGCCGUGGAUUCCGGAUUCCAGCCAAGUACAGAUCUUUGUCAGCGGAACUUGGAUUCCAUUCGUUAUUGGAAUUCCGGAUUCCUAAAGCAGCAUUCUGGAGCCCAAAGCCUUGCAUUCCGGAUUUCACAAGCAAAAAUUUCCAAGAUUCGGGAAUCCAGAUUCCAGUACAUGGAGCGAUCAGUUUUCUUUCACUGAAUCACGGAGAACCUCUCAACUUUUGGAAAAAACAUUUUUCCAUUUCCCUUUUAGGCUGCUGAAUGCUUUUGCUAAGUUGAUUUGUUAAUUUGUUGCUCUCUUUUAUUGCAGGGAGUAAUAUAGAGGCUACGAAGAGAGGAAAGCUUGCCAAAAAUUACUACUUCGAAGGUAUGUAAACUGAACAAAAAAUUAGAUUUAAAGAAAAUCUGCUCGGGACAAAUAUAAUACAAAAAAGUGCAAGGUAGGAGGAAACCAGGGGUAUAUGGUAAAUCGAUUUGGUAAAUACCGCAUUUUCCUCUAAUUUAGAACCUCGAGUUAACCAACAAGCUUUUAAGGUGGCUCAUUAUGUCACAGUAGCAUUUUCACCAUUUCUAUUUUGAUCGAUCAACUCUUUCAAUUGAUGCUACAGUAAUAGCAGCAAAUAAAUGCAGUUUCUGGUGAAUACAUCAGCACCAUUUUUAUAUAAAAAGUUACUAUAGCAACGAAGUAGCCUUUUUAUCUUGCCCCUUCAUCUUAGCGUUAAGUACUUAAAAGGAAGUUUGUCCCUCCACUUUUUUCUCACAGAAUUGAAACCAGCAUGUCAAGGUUUAGUAGUUUAAUAUAAAACCACACGCUGUUUAAACUUGAUCUAGUUAAGUGUUUAUUUCAUUCGAGGCGUGCUGACAUUGCUCCACCGAGGCCCACGUGUUCAUCGUCUUCAUCCGAUUGCGAGCCAUUUUCUCUCACCCUUUGUCGGAUUCUUGCCCGCUUUGUCCUUUCCCAUUUUUUGUUAUAUCAGUUUAUAGGCUUCCAUGACAGGUACGUUAAAAAACGUUUAGAACAGCAUGUUUGGUGGAGCUCGCAGAACCUUGUCCUACCUGUACGAGGCUCGCUGUAACUGUUCAUAAUGAGAGGAUUUCUACGGAUUGGGUCCACAGCCCCUUACAUUUUCGAACAAUUUUAAUAAUCAGAUGAAGCUGCAUCCGGAAGUGGAGGCGAAAGCGGAAGUGGAGAAGAAGCAGCAAAACCACCACCUGGUAAGUCGCUUAGAUUGUUCUCCAGUUGCCAUGCAGUCAGCCUGCGAUCAAGCUCUCAACCAGGAGACGUUGUAAAAAGUCACUCCUCAGUGGCACGCAAAGGGGAUUCGAGAACAAUGGUCGGGGGAUAGCGUCCUUUGCUCAGUCCUGUCUUGUCUUGUACAGUCUUGUCUCGUCGCUUCGCUCGCCACUAAAAUAAUGAUAUUACAAUAAAUAUUUUGGCUGUAGAGCGUAAGGCUUUGAGGGCAGCGCAUGUUAAAAAAAACGUCCGUCAAACCACAAUGGCUGAUGACAAACUAUUCCUUGAAUGGAAAAAAAUUGCGUUGUAGCUAUCAUAUACCACGCCGCCAAGACUGAUGCCGAACUGAUUUCUUGUUGUAGUAGUGACAAAAGAAAGUGAAUUUUAAAGAAGACGUUUCACUUAAUAUUCAAAUUUCGAGAAAUAAAUUUUGCUAUUUAGUGAUUUUUAUGCAUUUUAUUUAUUUAUUCAUGAUUUUCUCGUUUCUUAUUCAGCUGAGCCUCUGUGUAAGCCACCUUGUGUCCUUCGGCCAGGCCCGGAGCACUGGGUACCACGUCCUCGAUACGAACCUGGCCCUGCCAUCCCCCUCCCCUCUUGA